AUGGGCACUUACAAGUUUACCUGGGCUCACCCAGCCGAGGAGGUCUAUGUUACCGGCACCUUCGACAACUGGACUAAGAGCGAGAAGCUGGACAAGGUCGGUAACUCGUUCGAGAAGACCGUCAGCCUGCCCGAUGCUUCGCAGAAGAUUUACUACAAGUUUGUUGUCGACAACAAUUGGAUCACAGACCACACCGCACCUCAAGAACCCGACCACGAGGGCAACGUAAACAACUUCCUCACCCCCGACGAGAUUGUCAAGGAGGACACCUCGGCCGCAAUCAUGAACACCGUCACCCCCGAAUCUACUACCGCCGCCCUGGCCAAGGACGUGCCCCUCGAGAAGGCCGACGACCUCCCCAAGGCCACCCCCUCCGACAUCCCCGGUGGCUUCCCCAUCACCCCCGCCAACGAGCUCGAGAAGUCCUUGGGCGUCAACCCUCUCCCCGCACAAGAUGUCACCGCUGAGCCCGUGACCCUCGCCCCUGGCGAACCUCUUCCCCCAUCUGCCACUGCUGGUGACAUCAACGAGCAGGUCAAGCUUGACAAGGAGUCCUACGAGGACUCUAGCGCUCUGCCCGGCCUGUCCAAGGAGGAGACCACCCUCCCCGCCGUCACCAGCAAUACCAUCCCCGAGUCCAGCUUGCCCAUUGCGCCCGCGGAUGUCACCAUCAACAGCGCUGCCCCUACUUCCACCACUGCCGCUCUGGCCGCUGAGGUCCCCAUCGAGACCAAGAUGGCAGAGGUCCCCGAGGUCGUCAAGGAGAGCCAGGAGAAGGCCCAUGCCGAACCCGAGGCUAGCGCGAACCCCGAGGCCGUCCAGGAGAAGGCCGCCGUCGAGGAUGAGCUUCUCGACAAGGUUCCUGCUGCCCCCUCAACAUCCGAGGGCACCUCCGGCUUUGGCACCCAGAAGACCGAGGCUGCCGGCACUGUGAUUGCCACCGCUGCGACCGCUGCUGGUAUUGCCACUGCCGCGGCCAUUAACGCCAAGGACACCGUUGUCGAGGCCGUUGCCCCCGCCGCCGUCAAGGCAAAGGACACCGUUGUUGAGGCUACUGCCCCCGCCAUCAACCAGGCCUCUGUUGCCGCUACCGAAGCUGCUGCCCAGCUUCCCGAGCCUGUCAAGGAGAGCCUGCCCGUGAGCGCCCAGGAGGCCAUUGGCGGUCAGACCAAGGAGGAGACCCGCGAGGAGGUUGCUCCCGAGGUGCCCACCGUAGUCAAGGAGGCUAUCGCCGAGUCUGGCCAAAGCCCCGAGGCCGCCGCCAACACUGAGGCUGUCAUCGAGAAGAAGGAGGUUGAGGCCGAGCUCCUCAAGGAGGUCGAGGCCGCCCCCGCCGUCGAUGAGGAAGCCGAGAAGGCCAAGGUAGAGGCUGAGAAGCCCAAGGUCGAGGCCGCCAAGGAAGAGGCUGAGGCCACCAAGGAGGUCAAGGACGCCGUCACCGCAGACGAGCCCAAGGAGGUUAACGGCGCCAACGGUGCUCACCCCGUCGAUGCCCCCACCACCGCACCCGUCAACGGUACCAACGGCACCACUCCUGCGGCCACCAAGGAGCCCGAAGCUCCCACAACCCCUGCCAAGGCUCCUUCCUCCGUUCCCGAGUCGACAGCACCAAGCCACAGCAAGGCGGUCGAGAGCCCGUCGGGCGCCGAGAAGAAGAAGAAGAACCGCAUCAGUGCCUUUAUUGGCAAGCUGAAGAGCAAGGUGCACAGCAAGUCAGCGGCUAAAUAA